CUCUCCGUCAGUCGUCCAGGGUGACGCGCGUGCUGCAGAUGAAACUUUAAGAAGCUGCAGAGAGUUUGGAGUAAAACCCACCUCACCCAGACACCCACAGACCUCAGGACGGAUAACUGCUCACCGUUACUAAACAUGACCUCCAUGAAGAUGUUGGCGCUGCCUCUUCUCAUCACUUUAUUGCACAGUCCUAUCUGUCUGUCAGUGACAGUAAGCAGCAGUAAACCCAAAGUGGAGGUCCACGAGCACACAGAUGCUGUGCUUGCCUGUGAGUUUAAAACGGAGAAAGAUCAGAGCCCUCGAAUAGAGUGGAAGACAACAGGAAAGGAGGCGGCAUUUGUGUAUUUUAAUAAAAAAUUUAGUGGGCGUUAUGUAGGACGGGCAAAGAUAGAGGGAGCGACGCUGACGAUACACUCUGUGACUCAGAAAGACUCGGGGCAGUACCGCUGUGAGGUGACUGCCAGCCAGGACCGCGUCAACUUCGGAGAGGUUACUGUAACCCUCAAUGUGCUUGUGCCUCCUCAUGUACCGUCCUGCGAGGUGCCGAGCUCCGUGUUUGUGGGCUCAGACCUGGAGCUUCACUGUAAGGACAAACUCAGUGUGCCUCCUGCCACCUACCGCUGGUACAAAGACAGCAAGGCUCUGACGGCCACAGCAGACACCCCAUACAGCAUCGAUAUAAACAAGGGCACGCUGAAGUUUAAGAGUGUGUCCAAAACAGACGCAGGGAUGUACCGCUGUGAGUCCUCCAACAGCGUUGGGGCGCCCAAAAGCUGCGUGGCCCAACAACUGAAAGUCACUGAAUAUCCAUUGAAUAUGACGAUUUUGAUAGCAGGAGCUGCAGGUUUUCUGAUGCUCCUCACCUUCUGCUGCAUCUGUGUGUGUGUCUGCCGACGCCGGGGCUGCUGCAGGAAGCACAAGAAAACAAAAAGCACUAAGUCUUUCAACCCUCCGCCGCCUCCUCCUCCCAUCCGCAAUCUCAAGAACUACAAACAAACUCACUCCUUCAUGAUUUGAGUGGGAAACACUCUCUUACUUUCACUUCAAACCAACCAAAAUCUAAAGUGUACACUUAUUAUGGAACACACUGGAGAGUUACUCGACCGUCGCCUUGCUCUGGGACGGGUGCUCGCUGCUUUUUGAGACAGAUCUGGAGUUAAGGUUCUUCCUGGCAUUAUGUGUUGACAGUUUGGAAGAUGUUUCCGACUUACAGUCCUGUGAAUUCCGGGUUUAAAUCAGCUCCUACAAACACUAUAACAUUCAUUAUAUUCAUAUAUUCAAGACAUUUUUCUAAAUCCUAUUUUUCCAACUCCUAUUAGACUUGAGGGGCCAAGUUCGUCACUACAGUUUUGGCUCUUUUAUGCCACCUACAGGCAAGUUACUGUUAAACCAUUGACACUGAUUAUUUCCUGUUCAUUUAUAUUUAGAUGCAGAGAUGUUGUUUUAUAUGAAGUUAUUUUUUCUCUUUGUCAUUUUUAUAUUUUCUUAAAAACUUGUUUGUGUUUUGAUCUCAUAACUAUUACUUGUUUAAUCUUUUGAAUUUAGAAUUGAGCAACAAAUGAACAGGUGUCUGCACACACUGAAUGGUGCCAUGGAAGCUUUUUAAAUGUUUGAUACUAUUUUGAUUGUCUAUCUCUUGAUCAAUAAAGAAUAAUGAAAAAAAAAAUAGCAUAUUGGAUUCAAGCUGUACUCUUAAUUGGCUUGGUACACAGCAAGGGUGGUUGGGGGUUUCCAAGGGUCCUAUAUCCCCCAGAUGUACAUGAUCAGCCAUAACAUUAUGAGCACCUCAGAACCAGCAUUAACUUUUUUAGCAGUGUGAGCUACAGUAGCUUGUCUGUUGGAUUGGACCACACGGGCCAGCCUUCGCUCCCCACGUGCCCCCCACGUGCAUCAAUGAGCUUUGGCCACCCAUGACCCUGUCUCUGGUUCACUGCUUUUCCUUCCUUGGACCACUUUUGAUAGGUACUGACCACUGCAGACCCGGAACACCCCACAAGAGCUGCAGUUUUGGAGAUGCUCUGACCCAGUCGUCUAGCCAUCACAAUUUGGCCCUUGUCAAAGUCUCUCAGAUUCUCACACUGCCCAUUUUUCCUGCUUCUAACACAUCAACUUGAGGACAAAUGUUCACUUGCUGCCUAAUAUAUCCCACCACUGACAGGUGCCAUGAUAACCAGAUAGUCUGUUAUUCACUUCACCAGUCAGUGGUCAUAAUGUUAUGGCUGAUUGGCGUAUAUGGGACAUAAUGGAAACAUGACAAAGGGUCCUAUGUUCCCCAGUUCUUGGGUUAGGAUUAGGGUCAAAGGGUUUUUAUAAGACCCAUGGGAACAUAGAUAGUUCCCAGGGAGGGAAUAUCAAUGUCAUCAAAAUCAACAUUUGUUAAAAGCAUCUAUAUGUAUUUCAACAACCAUCCACAAGAUGAAGAAUACAUUAUAUUAUAGCCUCUUUAAUAUUUUACAAUAUGAUUUAAGCCUGAUGCCAACAUAUUUUUAGCCACAUUUGCAACAUGGGUCUUGUGAUGGUAAUGUCAAUCUGUUGGUGGGGCCAUGUCUAUGAUACCUGCACAACAGAUGAGCAUCAGCUGUACUUGUGGUGAGUGCUGAUUAGCAAAUGUUAGCAUGCUAAACAACAUGCUAAACUAAGAUGGUAAACAUAAACAUCAGAAUGUUAAUAUUGUCAUCAUGAGUCAUGUUAUAAGUUUAUACUAACAAAUAUCUAUCUAUGUAAUACAGAUAUACUUCUUAAUAAAUCCAUGUUGUUGCAUUUGUUUGCUGUAAA